AUCAAAAAGCGUGACGAUCAUUAUUCUCAACCCGAGAUGUUAGAAGGUGCAAAAUCAAUGGGUGCCGGAGCUGCUACAAUUGCUUCACCGGGAGCUGCUGUCGGUAUUGGAAACGUGUUCAGUUCUUUGAUCCAUUCCGUGGCGAGAAAUCCCUCAUUGGCUAAACAAUCAUUUGGUUAUGCCAUUUUGGGCUUUGCUCUAACAGAAGCUAUUGCAUUGUUUGCUCCAAUGAUGGCCUUUUUGAUCUCAUUCGUAUUCCGAUCGAAGAAGGGUUGUCUCAUAAAGCAAGACCUCUUUCACAUAAAAAAGUGGGUGGAGGCGGGCUUGGGUACGACGAUUUAACUAAAACGAUUCCACAUGAAAGAGGACCGGACAAUAGCCUUCAUCGAGUAAUGGGCUAGUCCCCGAAAAUGUCGUCUGACUUUGGGGCUGAGAAUGAACCUUGUCUUGUGACUCAUUCCUUCGGUCGAGCGUUCUUCGGACGUCGAUCAAUCUAUCACAGGCCACUCUAUCAUUGUCUAAUUUUUUGUUGUUUGAUCACAAA